GGGCUACACAGAGAAACCCUGUCUCGAACUCCCACCCCCACCCUACCCUCGCCCCAGAUCAAUAAAUAAUAGCAAGAGUAAGAAAGUUGAGUGACGGUCUGAGAGGGGGAAGGGGGUCGCAGGAGAGGCAGCCUGGGAGAAAGAGGUAAAAAGGGUUGGGGAGGCGGUGACAGGCACAUCGGGUCAUGGGACUACAGGAUCUGGAGGGUGGACCCAUGGACUGAAAGUCGGGGAGGAGGUAACCAUACAGAAGGGAGGAAUGAGAAGCCUGGAAGUCGCGUUGGGAGGAGGGAUGGGGUCAAAGUUUGGGAAAGCAGGAAGGAAUGUAAGGUUGAGACAGGGCUCUUAAGGGGUGAGCCAAAGACCACCUUGGGGAGUCAGAUGCUAGAGUGGGUGGGAGGGGGCGUAGAGGGGCACACAGAUAGGCCCCUGGAAGCUCAGAAUGAGGAGGGAAAUGUGUGGUUGGGGAAGCAGUUGAGGAGAGUGGAGGGCAGGUUUGAAAUGACACCGGGAGGGGAAUGUUGGGCGUGGCAGAGACUCUGCCCUAGGCCUUGCCCAACUCCGCGCCCUUGCAAAGGCUCUCAGUGCUUUCUCCCUUCAGGCAGAAGGAGCCUUGAUGUUGGAGGAGACACUGACAGGCAGCUCAGGUAUUAAAUCCUGUUACCUAGGGCUGGGAUGGCAUGUGGGCGGUUAGAGAGCCGUAACUACGCGGAGGGCUUGAGCAGUGACCCAGAGGGUCGCUAGACCACAUCUCUGCAGCAGAAAUUCCUUGAAGGUUGUAGCGCGGGUGAUUUUACCGUCCUGGGUUAGGACCCCUGAAGACGGGGCAGGCCAUGGUAGGAGACUGAAGAAAAAGGAGCUAGGAGUGGAGGUGAAAGUCGGGCUAGACAAACAGUGCGCGCACAGUGCGCGCCGAAACCCGCAGGGAAAGGGUGGCAAGGGGCCUUCCCAGGGGCGUCUAUGGGGACGGGCUCCGCAGCAACCGGGGCGCACCUGUAUGGAGAAGAGAGGAAGGGGCCACCCGGAGCCUGCAGGGGACUGCGACCCCAGGGACUUGUGCGAAACCUUCGCCUACUUCCCAUCAGCAGUUAGGGCCAGGCAAAUGAAGGGGCGUGACACUGGCGCUCAGGUUUCUUCCUCUUCACCUGGACAAGGAGGGGGUGGGGGCCCAGACUUCCGGUUCAGGUGAGUGUCCCUUCGGUGACGUCAGGUCACCCUCGAUUGCCCCUCUGGUCCCGCCCCGGCUCCCGCGCUCCCGUUGCCUGCGGGGGCGCGUCCCCGACGCCCUACAUAUACUCAGGUGCGCCGCACCUGCUCGCCCGCACCUGCCGCCUCCCGGCCCAGCUCUUCUCUGCCGUGCACCGCAGCCCGGGGCCCGGGGCCCGCACUCUUCCUGGGGGCCACGCCCGAACGGCCCCUCCGCUCCUCUGGGUCGUCUCUGAGCACGCCGGAGGGAACCCCGCCUGGCCUUCGGGGGCCUCUUUUGUCUGGAACCAGUCCUUCGGGCGAAGCCGGUUCCCUGUGCUGUGAGAGUGUCGCUUCACCGGAGGGGACGAUUUGUGUUUACCUCGGUUAACAAGAUUUGCAGUUAACCGUCCGAAAGCAAAUCUUUUUCCUAUCUCUAGGUGACUUAAAUCUCCAUCCAGUUUUUGUUGUUUUGUCUUUGUGUUGCUUCCCAGAUUUUGUUUUACUGUCGGGUCGCCCUCCCGGCGCGUCCCAUCUUUUCUGAGACGGAAAUGGCCAAUGCGGGCCUGCAGCUGCUGGGCUUUUCGAUGGCCGUGCUUGGCUGGGUGGGCCUGAUAGUGAGCACUGCCAUUCCGCAGUGGAGGAUGAGCUCGUAUGUGGGCAGCAUCGUCACAGCCCAGGCCAUGUACAAGGGGCUCUGGAUGGAGUGCUCCACGCAGAGCACUGGCUUGUCAAGCUGCAAAUCCUACGACUCGGUGCUCGCCCUGCCGGCGGCCUUACAGGCCACUCGAGCCCUAAUGGUGGUGUCCAUAGUGUUGGGCUUCAUCGCCAUGUUGGUCGCCACGAUGGGCAUGAAGUGUACAAACUGUGGGGGAGAUGACAAAGUGAAGAAGGCCCGUAUAGCCAUGACUGGAGGCAUCAUUUUCAUCGUGACAGGUCUUGCUGCCUUGGUAGCAUGCUCCUGGAUUGGACAUGACAUUAUCACAGAGUUUUAUAACCCCUAUACACCCACGAAUGCGAAGUACGAGUUUGGUCCUGCCAUCUUUAUUGGCUGGGCAGGGUCUGCUCUGGCCCUCCUGGGAGGUGCCCUGCUCUCCUGCUCCUGUCCUGGUAGUGAAAACAGCACUGUAUACCGUGCACCCCGCUCCUACCCCAAGUCAAAUUCUGCCAAGGAAUAUGUGUGAGCUGCUGGGGUGCUCAGCCUGCGUGCGAGGUGUGGGACAAAGGCCUCCUGGUCACUCCGUCCCUGAACACCAUGUACGGUUGGGGGGGGGGGUGCAUCUAGGGGAGGGGAGGGCUUGGGAGAAGACAAAACAUGGGGGUGUGCUUUUGUACAGUAAUAAAAAUUAAGUUUUGGAAAUCAGGUGUCUUUCCAAGCCUCAUUUCUUCACACUCAGAUCCUUCCUUGAACAGGAGUUGGCACUAUAGCGCCAGCAGGGCCCCUAGGCCUCUAGUCCCCAUUUUGUUAGGCCUAAUGCCUUGACUGUAGACUCAGGGUAUUAUCUAUUCUCCCCUAAACUCUUUAUCCUGUGUGGCCAAAUGCUAUAUGGGUUUGUGUGUGUAGGUCAGAGGACAGCUUUGUGGAGUGGGUUCUCUCCUUCCACCUUUCU